UCCCCGCGGCUUUCCAGGACGGGACCAUGUCGUCUUCUUCUUCCUCCUCCAAGGCGUGGAGCUUGGGGCGCCUGUCUCUUUCCUCCAGGAAAGGCAGCCUGAAGCCCUCCGCUCUGGAGCUGGCCGAGAACGCCCCCAACGCCCACUACGCGCCGUUUGCCGUCUCCUCGCCCGCAGGAGCCCAGGGCGCGAAAGAGCCGCCGGUUAGCGGCGAAGUCGCCGAGGCGGCCACGGUGGUGAUGAGCGCCGAUUUCCCGCGCCCGCCGAUCAGCUUGGACCCGCGCGUCUCCAUCUACAGCGUCCGCAGACCUCUGCUCAGCCGCAGCAACAUCCAAGGCCGGGUUUACAACUUCUUGGAGAGACCCACCGGCUGGAAGUGCUUCGUCUAUCACUUCACCGUUUUCCUCAUAGUGCUGAUCUGCCUUAUAUUCAGUGUGCUUUCCACGAUUGAUCAAUAUGCAGCUCUGGCCACAGGGACAUUAUUUUGGAUGGAAAUUGUAUUAGUGGUAUUUUUUGGAACCGAAUAUGUGGUUCGACUGUGGUCUUCAGGAUGCCGCAGUAAAUAUGUUGGCUUCUGGGGAAGGCUUCGUUUUGCUAGAAAACCCAUUUCUAUCAUUGAUCUUAUUGUAGUUGUUGCCUCCAUGAUAGUACUAUGUGUUGGUUCAAAAGGUCAAGUUUUUGCAACCUCGGCAAUCAGAGGCAUCCGGUUUCUGCAGAUUCUGCGCAUGCUUCAUGUAGAUCGGCAGGGUGGCACCUGGAGACUGUUGGGAUCUGUAGUUUUCAUACAUAGACAGGAAUUGAUAACUACCCUGUAUAUUGGGUUUCUGGGCUUGAUUUUUUCUUCAUAUUUCGUGUAUUUGGCUGAAAAAGAUGCUGUGAAUGACUCAGGCGAGCAUGAAUUUAGCAGCUAUGCUGAUGCACUUUGGUGGGGAGUAGUGACUGUUACAACCAUUGGUUAUGGUGACAAGGUGCCUCAAACAUGGAUAGGAAAAACUAUUGCAUCUUGCUUUUCUGUAUUUGCAAUAUCAUUUUUUGCCUUGCCUGCAGGAAUCCUUGGUUCUGGUUUUGCUCUGAAGGUACAACAGAAACAAAGGCAAAAGCAUUUCAACCGACAAAUUCCAGCAGCUGCUUCUCUUAUUCAGACAGCCUGGAGGUGCUACGCAUCAGAAAACCCAGAUUCUUCCACAUGGAAAAUAUAUAUUAAAAAGCCUUCCAGAAGUUAUCACCUGUUGUCUCCUAGUCCCAAGCCAAAGAAAAUAGCGAUGGUUUCGGUAAAAAAGAAGAAAACCAAAGUAGAAAAGGAUAAUGGAUCACUUUCUCCUGAUAAGAUUUUACCUGUUCCACAAAUCACAUUUGACCAUGUGUUGGAGGAUAGGAAAGCUGAUAUUUUUCGUAUGGAUUCCUAUGAAAAUUCUGGAGAAACAGGCAUGUUAAAAUGUCUUGACCGACAGCAUUCCUGGACAUCCUUUACUUCAGAGCAACCAUCUCCCACUUCUCCAGUUAAAAGGAACUCUCCAUUUUUAGAACCACAUACAGGACCAUUCAUUAGAACAAACAGCUUUGCUGAUGAACUUGACCUGGAAGGGGAGACUUUGCUGACUCCAAUAACUCACAUCUCACAUUUGAAAGAACAUCACCGUUCUGCCAUUAAAGUGAUACGCCGUAUGCAGUAUUUUGUGGCAAAGAAGAAAUUUCAGCAAGCUAGAAAGCCUUAUGAUGUACGCGAUGUGAUAGAACAAUAUUCUCAGGGUCAUCUCAACUUAAUGGUCCGAAUAAAAGAGCUUCAAAGAAGAUUGGACCAAUCUAUAGGAAAGCCAUCACUAUUUAUUUCUCUCUCAGAAAAAAAUAAAGAUCGAGGGACUAAUACAGUUGGUGCCCGGCUGAACAGAGUUGAAGACAAGGUAGUCCAAAUAGACCAGAAGCUGAAUCUCAUCACAGAUUUGCUGCACCGCCUGCUUUCCAGCCAGCAAGGAAACCAAGGCAGCACCAAAGCAUCUCCCAGGAAUGAUGUCAGCUCUAGCCUACUUUCCAGCAACUCUCUCCCAACCUAUGAACAGCUAACAGUUCCAAGGGCACUGCAAGACGAUGGUUCCUGAUGCCUCGGAGAUUUGUUUCCUUUCAUGAAAUUGACACUCAAUAUUAUGAAUCUUGAUGGGGGUUGGGGAUAAAUUUAAGCUCAGAAUCAGCCAUACAAGCCUGACACGUUACUUUUAAGCUAAUUUUACUAUCUUCUUAUCUGUUAUUCCAAAGAGAAUAAUUCAGACAACUACCAAACCUUAAAACCCACACUGUGUUGUUAUUCUUUGUUCAUGAGAUGCAUUCAUGAGCUCUAAUUUCUUUGUGUGUGUGUGUUUGUGUGUAUAUAUAAAUAAUUCUGCUACAAUCGAUCGCAAUAUUAAGAGAGUACAGGUAAUCCUUGACUUACGAUCACAAUUGGGACCAGAAUUUCUGUUGCUUAGGAAGAUAGUGAAUCAUGCCUGAUUUUACAACAUGUUGCCAUACGUGCCCUAAGUGAAUAGUCAUUGCAGUUCUUAAGGGAAUCCUGCAGUCAUUAAGCACACAUCCAGUUCCCCCAUUUAAUUUGUCAGAAACCAGCUGGAAAAGUCACAAAUGUGAUCCCAUGAUCCUAGGAAAUACAUGCUGGUUGCUAAGUGCCUGAAUCUUGGAUCACAUGACUAUGGGGAUGGUGCAAUGGCAAUAAGUGCAAAACUGGUCACUAGCCACUUUUUUUCAGUGCCGCUGUUAGGUCAAGCAGACACUAAACAAAUGGUUGUAAGCCAAGGACUACCUGUAAUUGGUCCUGAUAUUAGCAAAAAGACAAUCGGUGUAUGUGCCCAGGAUAUUGUGCUACUGCUGCUGCAGCAAACAUCAUUCUGAAGUCGUGCACAAUCAUACACAACUGAAAGAGUUUGAAAAUUCCACAACUUUGCUUGGCUAAUUGCAUCCUAUGGCCCUUCAGUAAGAAUAAUACUUGAACUUAGUUAAUCUGAAUUCUAUUUAUGACUCUGCUGAUAGUGAUAUAGUUUUGCGCACUAGAUUCCAAAAGAGAAUGCACAUAAAUUGCCAUUCUAUGGACUGGCAAGAGUAUACACUGAAUAAUUUUCCUCCCACAUGCCAUUUUCCUUGUUUAUGCUACACAAUAUUGUGAAACCUACCACAUUUAAAACAAAAAUCUGCCUCUCUUCAAGGAAGAAUCAGUGCUUUAAUCAAAAACUGUAUUGUUUGUAAAGAAAGAUUUCUUUUGUAUAAUAUUGCAAUGGAAUUGGGACAUUGAAAUAUUGAAUAGGAACUUUUUAAAAAUAGCAAUUAUAUUGCUGCCAAAUAAUUUAUAUUCUGUAGUAUUUAUUGCUAUCCUGGGUAUAUUUGUCAGAAAGCGCUUUCAAAGCGCACAGCUUUGUGUAUUAAAGUAGGUUUAGUUUCUUUCUCAGUGUACAGCAAUAAGGUCUAGAAUAACUGGAUCUUGUUGAUUAGGAGUUUGAAAGUGAUGCUUUGGGGAAACACAGCAGCUUUGAACUUUAUUUGAAAAUGUACUGCCAAGUCAGAUACACAUUCGUUUCUUUCUUUUCCUGGCACACUAAUACAUAAUGUCCAACAGUAAUUUGUGAAUAUUGUUCAUGCUAAGAUAUACAAGCUCUUGAGUUUGUUUGGUUAUUGCAGAGAAGUUCUACUUGCUGAAUGUGGAAAUGGCUCUGCGCUCAUCUGUUGGAAGUUCUUUCUUUAUAUCCAAGCUGUUAAACAAAUGGGAAGCAGGCAUAGCUUAUAUUUCUGCAAAUCCUAUUCUGUUAAUACAGUUGGCUCUUUUUUGGGGUGGGGGACCCAUAUGCAGGAUGAAAACAAGAGCUAUAGCCAUGUUCUUAUGCAAAGCAGAUGCUGGAAUUUAGCUCUCUGGAAAUCUCAUAUUUAUUUUCUAUUUAAAUCAGGGUUCUAGCUCCUUUGGGAAAGGACAUUUAAAUUGUAUGGCCAGGUAGCAUCAGAAUCAUAGAUGGGAUGUUCAUAUUGCCUCUCUUCAUCUCAAGCAUAAAUUAGUUCUCAUACUCAGCUAUGAAUCACCAAGCACUAUCUAAUGUUUCUAUGAGCAUACAUGUUCCUAUUGGGAAUCAAAAACCAAAGAAAACUGGAGAAAGAGAGGGCUUUCUAAACCCAGGGGAGGGGAACAAUCAGAACUGUAUGAACUGAUGCCGAGUUCUACAAAUAUCUAUAUCUUAAGUUUCGUUUGUAGUUUCCAUGAGGAAAAUGUUUCCCUGUCACAUAAAGGUAGUCUCAAAUACACAGCUUCAUGUCUUAGUGCAUAGGAAUUUGAAACUAUAUUAUUCAGAAGCUAAAAGUGUGAAAAAGUUGGGAUGACAACUAUAUCUAGGCUGCAAAAAUAUAGAUGGCAACAGCAACACAAAGACAGAAACAAUUCUAACACUUUAAAGCCUCUAAUCUUCUGUUUGGUGGUUUGUAGCCCAGAUAUUGUCACUAUAGAUGUAUAUUGUUUCAUUGAUGAUCCUUCAUCUAUCAGCCUUCCAUUAAUGACAGAUGAGCCUCUUAAUGGCAGAAAUCCUCUUCUAACUUGAUACUUCUGUGCAUUACUGAGUAUUACUCAAGAAUAAGCAUGGAAAGUGAGGUAUAGAAGUCUUUAAAGUCUAUCUGUUUGGUACCAUUACCAUUUAUUCAUGAAAAUUAAAUCUAAAUUGCUGUAUGGAGAAAAAAGUCAUAAAAUUCUACAUCCAAGGACAGCAUGGCAACUUGAAUAGUAUUAAAUAGUAAGUGCACAAUCAUAACUACAGAGCUUCAGAUACUGUAUUUAAAUGCUUUCCAAAAUGUGGUUCUUUAAAAGCUAGAUAUUAUAAGACUUUUAUUUGGAGAUGUUAGCGUUCUUCUGAUUCACAUUGAUGCCACUGAGAAUACAUUUGUAUUCUUUUUUUGCUAUCUGUGCCUAUAAUAUUUCCAUUGUUUCCUAAAGACAGGUUAAUAUAGGACAUUUUAAUCAUAUAUUAUUUAAUACUAAUUGGAAAUUUUUAGUUCAAGUGUAUAAAAUUUAGAAGGAACUCUUUUGCAUGGAAUAACAUUUUGAACUUUUCCCUUAUAUGGAAAUGAAUAUUGAAGGAUGCAAGUAACAGCGGAACUCAACCAAAUCCCUUUUUGCGAUAACGCCUGUCCUAAAAAUUAGAAAACAAAAUACUUAAAAUCAUAGAUAAUGUAAGCCUUUUAAGAAUCGAUGA